AGGACGGACAACACCACAGCCAAGGCCCAUGUCAACCGUCAAGGGGGAACCAGAUCCAGGUCCCUGAUGAGCGAAGCUUGAUCCCUUCUAACGUGGGCAGAGGCCAACCUCCUAACUCUGGAGGCCGAGCACCUUCAAGGAUCCCUAAACUCAAAAGCCGACUGGCUGAGCAGAAUGGACAUCGACCAGGGAGAGUGGAGUCUCCACCCUCAGACCUUCCAGAUCAUCACGGACAGACUCGGCCAACCCAUACUGGACCUGUUCGCCUCCCCCGCCAAUGCCAAGACUCCCAGGUUCCUCUCAAGAUUCCGGACAGAAGGGGCCGAAGGAAUGGACGCCCUCAACUGCCACUGGCCUCCGGGCCUCCUCUACGCCUUCCCGCCAACUCCGCUGCUCACGAAGCUCCUAGUCAGGAUACGCAGGACCAACGCACAGGUUAUCCUCGUGGCUCCAGCGUGGCCGCGGCGACCCUGGUUCUCAGAGAUUCUCACCAUGGCAACUCAAGGGUUCGCCCUUCCACUCAGGCCGGAUCUCCUCGCACAAGGACAGAUCCAUCACCCAGACCCAGCCUGGCUACGGCUUCACGCAUGGAAAUUGAACGCUUCAUGCUGAACGGAUACGGCUACUCCCCGGAAGUGGUUGACUCCAUUCUCGCUUCGAGACGCCAAUCUACAAAUAGAAUCUACGAGUACACCUUCAGGACAUUCAGGAGGUGGUGCAAGGUCAAGAACAAGGACUUCAUCAAGAUCUCUGUCCCGACACUACUCCAGUUCUUGCAGGAUGGCUUCCUCCAGGGCCUGCGACCCAACACCAUCAAGAGACAAGUGGCAGCCAUCACCUCCAUUUUGCCCCAUGACGACGCAGCCAGGAUAUCCCGACACCCCCAUAUCCGCAGGCUACUCAAGGGGGUUGCCAACAAGGCGCCCCCAACCAAACAUCGAUUCCCGUCCUGGGACCUGCAUAAAGUCCUCAAGGCCUUGACCAUCCCGCCUUUCGAGCCACUGAGGGAGGUACCCCUCAAGUUCCUGACCCUCAAGACACUGUUACUGACGGCACUCACAUCAGCAAGGCGCGUGUCCGAAAUUGGUGCCCUAUCCGUCCGCAAAGAACUGUGCAUCAUCAGGCCGGACUCUAUUCUCCUCAGACCUGACCCAACCUUUAUCCCUAAAGUCAAUUCGGUCUUCCACACCUCCCAGGAUAUAGUCCUCCCGUCCUUCUGCCCCCGUCCCAGGGAAGACCUUGAAAAGUGCUGGCAUACCCUCGAUGUUCGCAGAGCCAUAAAAAUAUACCUCAAGAGAACAGCCACCUUCAGGAGAUCGGAGUCACUAUUUGUAUCCUUCCGACCUAACUCCAAGGGCAAAAAAGUGUCACGCCCUACCUUAGCAAGGUGGAUCAAACAGUGUAUC